AUGGAAUAUUCCAAUACAGACUUCACACCGGCCGAAGAACCCGCAACCCCACUCUACGUCGGCCAACAUGAAUCCCAACGCGAGACCGUCGUGACUUUGGAACUGCAAGCAAAAUCCCAAGCAUUAGGCUAUGACCUCCUCACGGCACCCAUCACAACCUCGCAUUUCCAAUCAAGAGUCCUCGCGACGCUAGAAGAAUACGUCGCCAGCCUAUCGAAACAAGACAGUUCCAAAGCCGAAGAAGAAUCGACAGCAUGGCCAGAAAUCACCUCCUUCAUGCCCGAAGACACCGACCUCGAGCCACAAGAAAGCAACAGCGCUCUAAUCGGCGUCAUUAGUCCCUGGAUCGAUCUAGGGUGUAAAGAUCCUUUGAUCGCCAAUAUCAGCAGACAAGUCUUCCAUCUCGAAGUCGCCUAUGCAGCCUUUUGUGGAGUGAGCAAUAUUCUCGUCCCGGGACCUCUCCUUGAGUCUGACACAAUCGGCUAUGCUCGUGUGGUGCUUGAGGGACUUGGAUUGGGUCCGUAUGUGCAGCUUCAUGUUCUCAUGCCGAUGACUGGCGAGUCGGAACUCGAAGGGACGGAAGCGGCGCAUUUAUCGCAGUUGGCUCGUGGGAAAUACGUUGAAAUGCCGAAUGGAGAUGAGGACGAUGAUGAGGGUGAACCGGAAGCUUUUGGCACGUGGGUCACUUGGGAUACUAUUCGGAACUUGUGCCAUUAUAGUACCAGGUUGAGUCUGGCAUUGGAGAUUCCGAGACAAUUACCGUCUGUCGACCUGCAAUCACGCUGGUACUCCGAAUCGAUUCGCUUCCUAGUCUACCCACGGACGACAUUCCUGCGUAAUGCCAAGGGCUACCCCGUCCUCUCGAAGCCUCACCAGCAAUAUCUCAGUCACUUUAUCCGUCUCCGAUUUGUUCCCUGGAUCUUGCUGGCCGACGUGGACCCAAUCAGUCUAGCAUCAAACAUCGAAGAAAAUGAGACCUCCGAGGAACCCACCCCUGCCGAAGCAGCCGCAAAGGCGCAACAGCCUCCCACCGAUCCCACAUCGCAUCUCCGCUACAUCCGGCACUUGCAACAUACCCAGCCGGCACGUCCUCCGAUGGAACGUUUCGGGCAAGGUUAUCAGGACUACAUACAAUCACCACUCCAACCACUCAGCGAUAAUCUAGAAUCAAUCACAUACGAAGUCUUUGAGAAAGACCCGAUUAAAUACGAAUGGUACAAACGCGCCACCGCCGAAGCCCUCAAAGACCUCCACGCUGCACGUGUCAACGACGGAAACCCGAUCGUCGUCGCCAUCGUCGGCGCAGGUCGAGGGCCUCUCGUGACCCGCGCGCUGCAAGCCAGCAAAGAGACGCAAAUCCCCAUCCGCUGCUUCGCCGUUGAGAAGAACCCCAACGCACACGUCCUCCUCCAACGCCGCAACAACCGGGAUCCGCUCUGGAAUAAAUCCGUCACCGUCGUCCGCUCCGACAUGCGCAGCUGGCGCGGACCGCCGUCCCUCAACCAGACCGAGAAUCCCACUUCCGACAGCUCCCCCGCGCAGACUUACGAUAAAGUAGACAUUCUGAUCUCAGAGCUCCUCGGCUCCUUCGCCGACAACGAGCUCUCACCGGAAUGCCUCGACGGCGUACAACACGUCCUCCACCCAGACCACGGUAUCAACAUCCCUCAGCGCUACAGCGCACACUGUACACCUAUCGCGACGCCACGCCUGCGUGCCGAUCUACUGAGUCGCUCGGGCAGCGAGCAAUGGGAACUUCCCAGCGUCGUGAUGCUACAGCAGAUUGAUUUCCUCUGCCCGACAGCGGCGCAAGCAUCCUUGACGCCGCGUGAGAGCAUUGACCAGAUCGUGCCGGAUGUCCAGGAAGCAUGGUCCUUUUCGCAUCCGAUCUCCGCGGCCGUUCUCGCCCGCUCGGCGCCGGAUGGAAUGGUUGCGACGGGCGCGGCGAGGGUGGACAAUUCGCAUAAUGUACGCAGCUGUAAAUUGACAUUCACGGCGACGAAUCAGGGCGUGUGUCAUGGCCUGGCGGGUUAUUUCGAGACGGUGUUAUAUGCUUCGCCGACGAGGGAGGGUGUGAUUGUGGAACUUUCGACAAAUCCGGUUACGAUGGAGGAGAAAAGCAAGGAGAUGAUUAGCUGGUUUCCGAUUUGGUUUCCUUUGAAGACACCUCUAUUCAUCCCCGACGGCGGUGAAAUUGAGGUGAGCAUGUGGCGACAGACGGAUGAUCGGAAGGUCUGGUAUGAGUGGGCUGUAGAGGUUUUCGUCUCUGUCGUUCAGGCGAAUGGGAAGAAGAAGCGAUCUAAGAUCGUCGGCUCGGAGAUCCAUUCUAGCCGCGCGAAUGGCUGUUUGAUGUGA